UUCACACGACAUUGGAAACAGAUAAGAUCGUUCGGAUUGGCCAAGAAAACAUACAUUCGUUAACAAACUUCCUCAAAAGAAGCAGGUUAUUCCUUGUAGGUAAUUUGAAAACCUUGCAUUUAAAGAUUCACACAGUGCAAUAGAGUUAGACAAGUUAUAAAAUAUUUGUGAUCGAUUGAACAAUGGUUAUAACCGUCGCCACUGUAGCCACAGCUCCCUUUGAGGGCCAAAAGCCUGGUACCAGCGGAUUACGAAAGAAGGUCAAAGUUUUCACCCAGAAAAACUAUACGGAAAACUUCGUACAAUGCAUUCUAGACGCCAACGAAGGUGCUUUGGCGGGAUCAACGCUGGUGGUAGGUGGUGAUGGCCGUUACUUCUGCCGGGAGGCUUGCGAGCUGAUUGUUCGAAUGUGCGCUGCCAAUGGCGUGGCCAAAGUUCUGGCUGGUCAGAAUGGCAUUUUGUCCACACCGGCCGUUUCGAGCCUAAUUCGUCGCAACAAAGCUUUGGGAGGAAUCGUCCUUACCGCUUCGCACAAUCCGGGCGGCCCGGAAAACGAUUUUGGAAUUAAGUUUAACUGUGAAAAUGGAGGGCCAGCUCCUGAUCACUUUACGAACAAGAUCUAUGCCUUGUCCGGCGGAAUCAAAGAGUACAAAAUUGCAGAAGGACUGGACAUCGACGUGUCGAAAACGGGUGUUAAUAAUUAUGACAUUGGCGGAAAGCCCUUCGUGGUAGAGGUGAUCGAUUCUGUUGCGGACUACGUCCGCUUAAUGAAAGAAAUUUUCGACUUCGACAAGCUAAAGAAUUUUGUUAGCGGAAAAUCACGGAAUGGACAGCCACUAAAGAUGAGAAUCGAUUCGAUGAACGGAGUCACUGGAAGUUACGUCAACGAAAUUUUCGUCAAUUCACUGGGAGCUUCGAAAGACGGAGUGGUUCACACAACUCCUCUGCCUGAUUUUGGGGGAUUGCAUCCGGACCCCAACCUGACUUACGCUAAAGAUUUGGUUGAAGCCGUCCGCAGCGGAGAUUAUGACAUCGGGGCGGCAUUCGAUGGGGACGGUGAUCGGAACAUGAUCAUCGGUCGUAAUGCCUUCUUCGUGACUCCAAGCGACUCGCUGGCAGUCAUUGCUCAUUACCUCGAAUGUAUUCCAUACUUUAAGAAGCAUGGAGUUACCGGUUUGGCCAGAAGUAUGCCUACCGCUUCCGCGGUUGAUUUGGUAGCCAAAGCUUUGAAUAAGGAACUGUUCGAAGUCCCAACUGGUUGGAAAUAUUUUGGAAAUCUGAUGGACGCUGGGCGUCUGUGUCUGUGUGGGGAAGAAAGCUUCGGAACCGGUUCAGAUCACAUCCGUGAAAAGGACGGCAUUUGGGCCGUUUUGGCCUGGUUCUCAGUACUAGAACACACUGGAAAAAGCGUCGAGGAAAUCUGCGUAGAACAUUGGAAGCGAUACGGUCGCAACUACUUCACUCGCUACGAUUACGAGGAAUGUGACCUGGCCCCUUGCAACGAAAUGAUGGCUACUCUUGAGAAGACCAUCACCGAUCCCUCCUUUGUCGGAAAAGAUUUCUCCGCCGGUGGAAAGACCUACAAAGUCAAACUGGGUGACAACUUCAGCUAUAACGACCCCAUCGACAAAUCCGUGUCCACCAAGCAGGGUCUUCGAAUUGUGUUCACCGAUGGAAGCCGCGUGGUGAUGCGACUCAGCGGAACCGGAAGCUCCGGAGCCACCGUGCGCCUCUAUAUCGAUUCCUACGAGAAGGACAACGUACUUGGCCAGGCAUCGGAUAUGUUGAAACCGUUGAUCGACAUUGCGUUGGAAAUUUCCAAAUUACCUAGCUUUACCGGGCGCAAUGCGCCGACCGUCAUCACGUAAGCUGCUAUCGCGUCAUUGGACAGUUAGAGAAAUGUAGCACUGUCAUCAAAGUAGAUCUAAAAGUUGUAGUCGCUUCCAGAAAUAAAUCUGUAUCAAACUGUUAUCAGCACUGUUGACACAGUCUAAGAAGCAAGCCAGAGUAAACGCGACGAGCGAUGCGAUGCGACGUGACUCACAUAAAAGAAUAGCAAUCAUUAUCAACCGGCUUUCAAAUUGCACUGUCGCGUCGCGUCGUAUCGCACGUCGCGUUCACUCUGGCUUGCCCCUAAGUGAAAAUUUGCAUAGUCAUCAUCGUUUUGUCUGGUUCCUUAUUGCCAACUGUGAAUAAUAUUAUUGUGACACGUAGGUCUAUCAGAAGCCAAUCAAUCAUUAUUUGUGCAUUUUGUUUAAGUUUUAUUCUUGUAACGUUGUUAGGCUUGUUUGAAAUAUGUAAAGGAAGUAAUAAAAUAAUUAAUAAUAAAAUUUGUCUUCUAAUGUUGAUA